AUGCAGCUGCUGGACGACAGUGGCGGCGGCGGCGGCGUCGAGCAGGCGCCCGAGGCGCCGCCGCUGCCGCCGGGGCCGUGGGGCGGCGCGUGGGCGCUCGACGGCGAGGACGACGAGGAGGAGGACGAGGGCUGGGGUGUGGUGCGGGCCCCGUUUCUGCCGCCGCCGCCGUCUCGGCCGGAGGAUGUCGAGCACUGGGCGGUUUCGAUCCUGAUGGUAUCAAUAACAGGGUUGCGGCUUGGGUUUGGGGAGGACCCCGAGGAGCUGGCCUCGGGGGCGGGGGCGGGCGAGGCGCCCUGGGCAGGGCUCGGAGGGAAUGGGCGGCCGGGGUGGGGCUCCAGGCGGCCGCGGGGCGAGGGGGCCGAGGGCGGCCGCGCAGCGCGCGCCAUGAUAACAGACAACCCAGCCGCCGCCGGCGGCGGCGGCGGCGGUGCGGGCGGCGCCGCGGGUGGUGGCGGCGGCGGCCCGUCAGCGGCGCAGGCGCUGCUGUCCUCCAGCCCUGGCAGCAAUGGGAUGUUGUCG